CGUGGGUUUCACAUUCUCUCGACCAGCCACGGCACCGGCUUCCAAACGAAAAUUCAGAAUCGUAUCGACAGUUGGUAGUUAAACGUCCGGGAGAGCUGCUGCAGUCGUGUUUAUUGGGCGCCUACACCGCUCGAACAAAACGGGUUUCUUGUUUGUGUUAUUGCUCCGCUAGUCUUCGCAGUGUCUCUCAUCAACGACAUCUUUCGAUUUGUAUAUUGUGAUUGUUGAUCUAGACCUUUUGGAUUAUAAUCGCUGCAAUAACGUAAUCAAAACGAUUGACGUCAUAAGAAUGCUGGUUCCUAAAACAUAAUGUAACAAACCCGUGGGUUGCCGAAAAAAGUUCUGUUAAGUUCGUUAUCUUCAGACAGUUGUAAUGUGACCUCGCUUUGUGCCGUUUGUACUUAAGAGACUUCAUCCACCUUGAAUCACCGGAAACCUCAGUCGGGUUCAAUUUCCGGUGUUCAGUGAGUAGUGACAUCUUAAAAGCUCGGAUUAUAAGUUACCUUUUGUGACCGUUAAAUUUCGAAGCUAAAAAUGUCUCCUACUGAAGAGACCAUCGAAGACGAAAUUGAUGCUGUGCUUCUGGAGUCGAUGAAAAACAGGAAGAGGGUGUCCUCGAUUGAAGCCCUGAAUAGCGAGAUGCCUUCCAGGGAGUACCACAGGGACAAAGGCAAGAAGAUCAUCAGGACUUUCUUGAAUAAAUUGAGGUUGAGGAGAACUGCUAGUGUAACCAUAUCGAGACCUGAUCCUACUUAUAAGGUGGCUUAUCUUGGCAACGUUGUUACCGGUUGGGCGAAAGGUGACGGUUGCGUAGAAAAACCACUAGCAACUCUAUGGCGAAACUACACCCAUUCUUCCAGACCAGAAGUCCGAAUGACCUUAGCAGUCAGCAAUGGUGGUCUCAAGGCAACUACCAAAGAUCAUGGACUCACAGAAUACUGGGCUCACCGCCUCACCUACUGCGCAGCCCCAGAUCAGUUUCCCAGGUUAUUCUGCUGGGUCUACAGACACGAAGGAAGAAGACUUCGACACGAGCUUCGAUGCCAUGCCGUCCUAUGUUCAACACCCUCUAUAGCCAAAAAAAUAGAAGGUGAACUGAACCAAGCGCUAGCCGUAGCUUUGACAGAGUUCCGAAGAGACAAAAUAUCUAGACAAAAUGCGAGACUGUCACUUGCAAAUUCCGUGUACGAAAAUCCAACGAUUCCCAGAAGAAAAAUAUUGUUGAGUACCGGUUCCCACAGCUACAGACCACCUUUGGAACGUUCCAAGUCUGCCCCCAAGCUGACUAUGAUCGAAGAAUCGAUCUUAGAAGAAGAGGAACCGAGCGAGGCUAAGAUGAACUACAUUAAGAUCUUACGACACCACGACAGCGCAAGCUGUAUCUUCGACAAACGAAAACAUAUAUUCAGGAAUAUCGAAUCGAAAUGUAAAUCAUUAACUAAAGUACCUGCAAUCAAAGCCUGUGAUGAGGAAAGAAGUGAUAACAAGACGCUUUCGAGAACCAUUCAUCAUCCACAGCCUGACCUAACGGAAAAUUUGAACGAUUGUAUUCAGACCAACGAGGCCAAAACGGAUUCAAUCCUAGAUGCUCUACUAGAGAACCAACUCAAAAACGAUCUAUUGGAAAGUUGUGAGAGAGCUUGGUACAGCGCCCUUGGUGAUAAACCUGAUCUUAUACCUUUAGACAGUGACGAAGGUUCACUUUCAAGCGGAUGUGAGUCUGCUAGUACCGUAAAUUCUGAAAUUGAUCCCAACUUCUUCCACACCAUAGAAGAAUCUUCUAUACCAGAAGAAGAAGAAAGCUCAAAGAUUGAUAAAAGAAAGACUGAAUUAGAUUUUAAACUUGGGUGUAGUGUUUUAAAUAGAGUAAGGAGUUUUGAAUCUGGAAGUUCAGAUAGCUUGAAGUAUCGAGUUUUUAACAACAAUUUAUACAAUAAUAAUAUGCUGGCCAAUGAUGAAGUUUCUCUUGUGCCCGUUGGUGAAUCUCACUCAGAUUUCAGUUCGUUGAAGGUUUUCAAGAAGAAAACGAUGCCAUGUAAGGAUUCCAGAAGUCUUAUGAUAGAGCAGAAGGAUUUGAAGGGAGAAGAAGAUACUGCUAGUUCUUAUAGUGAUGAAAGUGGUUAUGAAGAAGAAGAACCUGCUAGUCCUGUUGCUAAUAUCAUUUCGGUUUAAAUUUCAUGGUGUAUAUGUCGAAAUUAGAAAAUAGAGCAAGUGUGGUUAUUCUUUUAAAUGUUUAUUUCUCAAAUUCAUUAUUUCUUUGUUGAAUUUCAAAGAUUUACUAUAUGAAUAUUAAUGGAAACGUGUUGUUAGCGUCAACCAAAUAUUAGAUGCUCAAAAUAAAGAUAUCAAUAACAAAAUCCCCCGAAGUUAGAACAUUAAGAAAAUUAUUCUUAUUUUAGAAUGUCAAAUGAAUAUCAAAAGUAUUCAUAUUAUUUAAAAUCCCAGUUUUUAUGUUCAAAUAUUACUUCGUGCUUGAUCAAUCAGAAAAUGUUCUAUUGUUCGAUAUAAUAUAUUGAUUUUACUGUGUAAAAUAAAAAUAAAAAUUUAUUGCUUACCUAUGAAUAAAAAUUGUACAAAUGUAAAUAUAUUACAGAAAUUCAAUUCACAUUAAAUGUUAUAUACGAUUCGAAAAUGAAUUGUAACUGAGCAAUAAAGAAUUAAAUUGUAAA